GCCUCCGGCCCGCCCUUCCGCUUCCGCUCAUGCUUUCCUCUGCUUGCAUCAUUCUGCCGGGCUCGCAGCCGCUGCCGGCUUGCGGCAGGAACAAGAUGGUCCAGCAGGUCCCAGAAAACAUCAGCUUUCCUGCUGAGGAGGAGAAAAUCUUGGAGUUCUGGGCGCGCUUCCAUUGUUUCAAGGAAUGCUUGAAGCAAUCCAAAAGCAGGCCCCGAUACACCUUUUAUGAUGGGCCUCCAUUUGCGACGGGGCUUCCUCACUAUGGACACAUCCUGGCGGGCACCAUCAAGGACAUCGUCACCAGAUACGCUCACCAGAGCGGAUUCCAUGUGGAAAGAAGAUUUGGCUGGGACUGCCAUGGCUUACCUGUGGAAUACGAGAUCGACAAGUCCCUGGGAAUCAAAGGACCAGAGGACGUGGCCAAGAUGGGUAUCGCCGAGUACAAUCGGCAAUGCAGAGGAAUCGUGAUGAGAUAUUCGGCCGAGUGGAAGGUCACUGUCUCCAGGCUGGGCCGCUGGAUCGACUUUGAGAAUGACUAUAAAACCCUCUACCCCGAGUUCAUGGAGUCAGUGUGGUGGGUAUUCCGACAGCUGUACGACAAAGGGCUGGUUUACCGGGGUGUGAAAGUGAUGCCCUACUCGACGGCCUGCAGCACUCCGCUCUCCAACUUUGAGUCCCACCAGAACUAUAAGGAUGUCCAAGAUCCUUCAGUCUUUGUCACUUUCCCUUUGGAGGAAGAUGAAUCUGUGUCUUUGGUUGCAUGGACUACCACACCCUGGACUCUGCCCAGUAACCUGGCCCUCUGUGUGAAUCCGGAUCUUCAGUAUGUGAAGCUUCAAGAUGCCACCACAGGGAGGAUCCUGAUCCUUAUGGAAGCCAGAUUGGUGGCUAUGUACAAGUCAGAGAGCGACUACGUGAUCCUUGAGAGGUUUCCUGGCAUUUCUCUCAAAGGCAAGCGCUACAAGCCGCUCUUUGAGUAUUUUGUGAAGUAUAAAGAAGAUGGAGCCUUCACCGUGCUGGUGGAUAACUACGUGAAGGAGGAGGAGGGCACUGGAGUUGUGCACCAGGCUCCAUACUUUGGGGCGGACGAUUACCGAGUCUGCAUAGACUCCAAGAUUAUCCAGAAAGACUCUGUCCUCAUUUGUCCCGUCGAUGCCUCCGGCUGCUUCACAUCCGAGGUCACUGACUUUGCCGGGCAGUACGUGAAGGACGCUGAUAAGAACAUCAUCCGGGCCCUCAAGGAGCGAGGCCGACUGCUUCUCGCUGGCACCUUCAGCCACAGCUACCCCUUCUGCUGGAGGUCUGACACGCCGCUCAUUUACAAGGCCGUCCCAAGCUGGUUUGUCAGAGUGGAACACAUGGUGGACAGACUUCUGGAGAACAAUGACCAGUGUUAUUGGGUUCCCGAGUUUGUAAGGGAAAAGCGCUUUGGAAAUUGGCUCAAAGAUGCACGUGACUGGGCCAUCUCCAGAAACAGAUACUGGGGCACUCCGAUCCCGCUGUGGGUCAGCGACGACUUGGAAGAGGUGGUCUGCGUCGGGUCAGUGGCUGAGCUGGAAGACCUGACGGGAACUAAGGUCUCGGAUCUCCACAGGGAGAGCGUCGACCACCUGACGAUCCCGUCCCGCCGGGGGAAGGGCCCCUUGCACCGUGUGCCUGAGGUCUUUGACUGCUGGUUUGAGAGCGGGAGCAUGCCCUACGCCCAGGUCCACUACCCCUUCGAGAACAGGCGGGAGUUUGAGGAAGCCUUCCCUGCCGAUUUCAUUGCCGAAGGCAUUGACCAGACACGCGGAUGGUUUUACACUCUGCUGGUGCUGGCCAGUGCGCUCUUCGGGAAGCCUCCCUUCAAGAACGUGAUAGUGAACGGGCUGGUCCUGGCCAGUGAUGGCCAGAAAAUGAGCAAACGAAAGAAGAAUUACCCUGAUCCCAUGUCGAUCAUCAGCAGAUACGGAGCCGAUGCCCUGCGGCUGUACCUCAUUAACUCCCCUGUGGUCCGAGCAGAGAACCUGCGAUUUAAAGAGGAGGGGGUCCGAGACGUCCUCAAAGAUGUCCUCCUCCCAUGGUACAAUGCCUACCGCUUUCUCAUUCAGAAUAUCCUUCGCCUUCAUAAGGAGGAGGAGGUGGAGUUCCUUUAUAACGAGAACACCGUGAAGGAGAGCAGUAACAUCACUGACCGCUGGAUUCUGUCCUUCAUGCAGUCCCUCAUUGGGUUCUUUGAGGUCGAGAUGGCGGCUUACCGACUGUAUACGGUGGUGCCACGGUUAGUCAAGUUUGUGGAUCUAUUGACCAACUGGUAUGUCCGAAUGAACCGCCGGCGGCUCAAGGGUGAAAAUGGGACACACGAUUGUGUAAUGGCCUUAGAGACUUUAUUUAGCAUUCUGUUCUCCCUGUGUAAACUGAUGGCCCCCUACACUCCUUUUCUCACUGAGCUGAUGUACCAGAACCUGAAGACCCUUAUUGACCCAGCCUCGGUCCAGGAGAAGGACACACUGAGCAUUCACUACCUCAUGCUUCCUCAUGUCCGAGAGGAUCUGAUUGACAAGAAGACCGAGAACGCCGUCUCCAGGAUGCAGUCUGUCAUCGAACUGGGCCGAGUCAUCCGGGACCGCAAGACGAUUCCAAUCAAGUAUCCUCUGAAGGAGAUAGUGGUCAUCCAUCAAGAUCCUGAGGCCCUUAAUGACAUCAGAGCUCUGGAGAAGUAUAUCCUGGAGGAGCUGAAUGUUCGGCAGGUGACCUUGUCUACAGAUAAAAAAAAGUAUGGCAUCCAGCUGAGAGCAGAGCCUGACCACAUGGUCCUAGGCAGGCGCCUGAAAGGGGCCUUCAAGGCUGUGAUGGCAUCCAUCAAAGAGCUGACCAGCGAGCAGCUGGAGCAGCUGCAACAGACGGGUUCCCUCGUCGUGGACGGGCACGAGCUUCACACAGAAGACAUCCGCCUGCUGUAUACCUUUGACCAGUCCUCGUCUCAAUAUGAAGCACAUUCGGAUGCCCAGGUCCUGGUGCUCCUGGAUGUCACCCCUGAUCAGAGCAUGGUCGAUGAAGGCAUGGCCCGAGAGGUCAUCAACCGCAUUCAGAAGCUCCGAAAGAAGUGCAAUCUGGUCCCCACGGACGACAUCACCGUGUACUACAGGUGCCCCUCUAAAGGAGACUACUUGGACACCAUCAUCCAGACUCAUACGGACUUUAUCUUGGCCACCAUCAAGGCUCCCCUCAAACCCUAUCCGGUGCCACCGUCGGACAAGGUGCUCAUUCAAGAACUGACCCAGUUAAAGGGCUCUGACCUGGAAAUCACCCUCACUGGAGGCUCGCCUCCCCGUGCAGCUCCACUUGCUCCGGCCUGUGCUUAUGUCAAUCUGAAUGUCUGUGUCAAUGGUAAAGAGCGAGGCGGGGUCCUGCUCCUCGAGAACCCCAAGGGAGAUCACCAGCUCGACCUCCCAAAACUUAAGAGCGCCAUUGGCAGCAUCUUUGACCUUCGCGCCCGGGAGCUGGCUGUUUUCCACGGAAAAACAGAAGUCGUCAGUAAAACCGACUUGCUGACCCUGAGUGGGAAGACUCUGUGUGUGACGUCAGGACCCCCCCCAGCAGCAGUCGAGAACCCUGAUGUUCUCUGCAGCUUCCUCAAUCUGCAGCUGCUGAACGCCAAGCCACAAGAGUGUCUGGUGGGACAGGUGGGCACGCUGCUCCUGGAGAACCCGCAGGGCCAGAAGCACCUGACGUACCAGGGCCUGCUGCGGGAAGCCGCCAGAGUGUUUGGCCUGCGUGGACGGAGGUUCAGGCUCUUCCUGAAUGAGGCCCAGACCCAGGAAAUCACGGAAGAUGUCUCGAUGAAGUCACUGAACACGCAGACGGUGUACGUAGAUGUGUUACCCACCACCGCUGAAUGCUGACUACCCCUUCCUGAUGCUGCUUCCCCAGGCGCGUCUGAGCGGUUACCACUUGAGGACUGGCGCCCCUGACCCCGCCUUACCUCCAGCCUCCGCCAGACCCGGCGCUUCCCUGCUACCCAGCGGCUGGGGGGGCUUUGGGGGUGUCGGCGCCCCCAGGACUUUGGCCAAUAAAUGUGAUCCCCUUCUAGAAGUCA